AUGGCACAGAGCGAAGUCAUCGACAUGGCCGCCACCAAGAAGCGCUCCCUCGACUCGGCCAGCGUCUCGGGCUCCUCCACCAGCGACGAGUCCACCCGCAAGCGCCGGCGCAACAGGAACCGGAGCCGCAAGUCUCGCAGCCCCAACGGCGACGUCGCCGUCGUCAAUGGCACCGCCUCUGCGCGCCGCCCCAGCGCAUUUGACCAGCGCCGCAACAGCCUGGGCAAGGCCGCCCGCGACCCGAGGGACGAGCCGCCCCCCAAGAAGCGCGCCCCCGUCGCCGGCCAGGGCCAAAAGGUCCGCCCGCCGAGCCCCGUCAUCGACUACGAUGGCCUGAGCAGGCCGACCCGCGGCACGCGCGAACGCCGAGAGGAAGACGCCGACCAGGCCGAGAAGCGCCUCGACAAGAUGCGCGGCGCCGUGCGCACCCUCCUCGAGUGCGUCGGCGAGGACCCGGACCGCGAGGGCCUCCUCGACACGCCCUCGCGCUACGCCAAGGCCCUCCUCUUCCUCACAAAGGGCUACCAGGUCAACGUCGAGGACAUUGUCAACAACGCCCUCUUCCACGAGGGCCACAACGAGAUGGUCAUUGUCAAGGACAUUGAGAUCCACAGCCUCUGCGAGCACCACCUCGUGCCCUUUAUCGGCAAGAUGCACAUCGGCUACAUCCCCUCCGACACCGUCAUCGGCCUCUCCAAGCUGCCCCGCAUCGCCGAGAUGUACGCCCGCCGCCUGCAGAUCCAGGAGCGCCUCACCAAGGAGGUGGCCCACGCCAUCAUGGAGAUCCUCAAGCCCCAGGGCGUCGCCGUCGUCAUGGAGUCGAGCCACCUCUGCAUGGUCAUGCGCGGCGUCCAGCAGACGUCCACCUCGACAAUCACCAGCUGCGUUCUCGGCUGCUUCGAGCGCAAGUCCAAGACGCGCAACGAGUUUCUGAGCCUCGUCGGCGUCAGCCGGACAUGA